GGGUCGUCGAGGCGCCGUGUAGACGCUGCUUCAGGUACUUCAGCCUUGAGACGAGUUAGGAGUGAUUAAGGCUUGAUUAGGUGUAGGUGGAAAGAAGGUUUAGUUUGCUGGUUUUUGUGUUGAAAACGGGACGAAAAUGGUUUAUUUGCCGCUGAUUGUGGCCAUUUCGUUGGUGGCUUUUGGUUACUCCCAAGACAUCGAGCUGCAGACCUCCUCGUACUCUCCGAGAUUAACAACCGGCUCGUUCCGCUCGACAUCCGCAACCCCCGACCCCGACUCGUCCAUCCAAAAGGCCUUAGCAUGGUUAAUAACCCAACGCGACGUGACUUGGGGUUGGCGCAACGACACCCCCAAAGCCGUCACCGCUCUCCAACUCGUUUCUCACGACGAUUUGGCCUCACCUUUGCCCACCCCCGUCGAAAUGCAACUCUCUAGCAAACAAUUAGAGAUCGAGAUUGUGAUUCUGUUGUGGCGACACCACGAGGUCCCCAUUACGCCCCCCAAAUUGGCCCAGUAUGCCUUGGCGUUGAGCACGCUGUGUCAAGACCCGAGGCAAUUCCACGGGCAUGAUCUCAUCGGGGCCAUGCAGCAUCAUGAGGCUGUGCAUGAUCUGGAUUUUGCUUAUGCCACGUUGGCGGCCUGCAGCUCGAGGGCGCAUGUGAGGAAGAAGCAGAUUAGGCGGCUGCUGGACAUCGCAAACACGGCCAAAGACCACAACAUUGAUACAGUGGCAAUGACAAUUUUGGCCUUGCGAUGUAUUGUGAAGGACCACAGACACAGAAAUUUGCAACACUCGUUGAGGAGGCCCAGUAUUAGUCUAGCAAGACAGCAGCAACCAGAUGGGGGCUUUGGAAAUUUGUAUAAUACAGCUUUGACCAUGCAAGCCCUCCAAGACAUGACUGAGGCAAGUUCCCACUGGAACAAAACCGCUGCAAAGUCAUACAUCGAGUCCCGCCAGGACCCCGACGGUGCGUUCACCGACCCCGGCCUGACCUCCGAGGUCAUCCUCGCCUUAACCAAUCACGGCCUAGGCUCAAUCCGCAACCUAGACUGCGGCAAACCCGACGGCGACCUAGAAAACCACGUCGAAAUCGACGGUUUGACAAAAUCGCUCUCAGUCCACGGCAACGACUCCGAAAUCCGUAACGUGACCGUCACCUACACCCUCUGGGUCGGGUCCAACAUUACAGAAAACUGCACACUCGCCAUCACCGCACCUCGGAACACGUCUUUCUACGCCGUGAUGCAGAUGGCCAUGGAGCUCGACCCCCACUUCACCUUCGAGGCUUCCGAGUGGCCCAAUGGACACUACGUCCACACUUUGGCUGGGUUUAAGGAGGAACCGAUGGGCUAUAACUAUUGGUUGUUGUAUCGGCUGCCGGAAGUACCCGAUCCCAGCGCUCCGCCAGCCAAUCAGCUCGUCGCUCCAGUCGGAGUCGACGAUUUACUUAUCGACGAAGGAGACCAUUAUUUGUUCUGGUACAAAAAAUUGUAAGCUUAAGCACAAGUAUCAUGCUUCUGUACGCCAUUUUGUUUCGUGUGACUUAUUUUGCAAAUUUUACUGUAUAGAGGGCGUUUUUGGACAUAUGAUAGAAUUGUAUCAUCUCGGACUGUUUUAUACUGUAGGUCACAACAAUACAGUGUUUUCUUUUUAAUCUUUAGAUAAUAAGUAAUACACUAUAGGUGUGGUAAUAAUAACAAACAAAAUAAUAAUGCAUUUUGAAGGGACAAUAUAUCUUUGUGUGACAUCUUUUUUAUAUGUAGCUUAGGAUUUGAUUAUUUAUUCAAUUGUUAAUAUGGCAAAAAUUGUUAAAAAUUCUUUAUUUUUGUUAAAUUUGGCUUAAAGGGAUUACUAAUAAACACUUAAAUACA